UCCCCUCAGAAAACACACCUCCACCUCGUUCUUUCGCCCUUUAUUCCCCUCACAAAAAAUUCCCUAAUUUUCAAAAAAUUAAAAAUAUCAGUAUUAAAAUUUUCUGAUUUUAGCUCGAGGAAAUAUGGCUGUGCUCGAAGACGAUGAAAAAUUUGAGGAAAAAAUUGAGGAGGAGGUGGACGGUGAAGGUGACAACGAGGACGACGGCGAAGGAGAAGAAGAAGACGACAGCAGUGAUGAGGAGGAAGAGGAGGACGUAGAACCGGAGAGUGGCGGUCGGGGACCGGCGCAGCCUGUAUUUGGUGACGACGAAGAGGAUGAGACUGUAGAAAACGAAGAAGAUGAGGAUGACGACGACGACGACGACGACGAUGAUGACGACGACGAGGACGACGACGAAGAUGAAGAAGAAGAGGAGGAUCUGGGCACGGAAUACCUAGUUAGACCAGUUGGUCAUGCCGAGGAUGAGGAAGACGCUAGUGAUUUCGAACCCCAAGAGAAUGGAGAUGUUGAAGAGGAUGAUGAAGAGGACGAUGAUGGAAAAGUUGAGACACCACCAAAGAGAAAACGAGCAAGCAAAGAUGACUCUGAUGAUGACUCUGAUGAUGAUGAUGGUGGAGAGGACGAUAAUAGACCAUCCAAGCGGUAGAUUGAUGGGUCGACCCCAUGUUGGUUGGGUCAAUCACUGUCGUUUAUUUAGUUAAUACAUCGCUAGAUCUAUCGGAUGACGAGGAUAUGCAAUGUCCUCUUCUUCCUUGAUGUAUUAUCAUGGCACACUAUUGUUAGGUUACUUAAGUUGUCAAUUCUGUCUUUUAGUAUCUAGAUUGUCCUAGGUUGGAUAUUUCAUGGUUUAAAUAUUGACUAGCUGUUUAUUUGGAGAUUUCUUCCCAUUUAUGUUUUACAAUAAUAAUACGGGGGUAAAUUUCAUCGUGGUCGUUGAAGUUUCA